AUGAGCUCUCGAGCUCGCAGUAGACCUUUGGCCAUCACCACGGUGGUGGGCACGGUAGCAACACUUGGCUACAUGUAUGUGGCAGGAACACAGUCAAAAAGGGAUCGAGCUCAUGACUCCAUCUUCAAGGACUCGUUCAAGCAGGCAGGGAACUUGAAACCAGGAGAUAGCGACGUUCGUAUGGGCUCGUCUGCGGUCAGGACAGCCAUGCAUGGGAACAAGAAGUCCUGA